AUGGCUGCCCUUGGUUCCGUGCUAUCUUCUUUUGUAUUGGCUCUUGUGGUCAUUGGCAGCUUGUCGCUGGAUAUCAAAAUGUGGCAGUCUCACCGUCAGGUUACCUCCUCGUCCUCUGGGUGGUAUGGGUCGGUACCGCUGUUGAUACCGUUGCGGGCAGGGCCCACUACUUCCCUGAUGGACACAUUUACACAGGUCCGGAGACAGCUGCAUUUAUCAUCCUCUUUGUUUUCAUCUACUACGACACCCCUGUAUGCGGUCAUCCAAGCUAUCCGUGGAAAGGGAAUCUGGACGUCUCCCGUCGCUGCAGCUAUCCUCAAAGUUCUCCCUUACAGCUACAACGGCUAUCCCGCUCAGUUCCUGAAUCCACAGUACUACAAUUACCCUUUCGGUUUGCCUGAUUUAGGGAACACUCAACCACCCCCCGGCGGAUAUUCCCCAGCCCUAUCAGGCAACGCGCCCCUCUCACCCCAGCCCAAUUACGUCCCAUACCCCGCCGCCAAUCAGGGCCAGAUCCUUCCUGCCGGCGGAUAUCAAGAACAGCCACACUGGGAUAAAUCAUCCUAUUCCAGUCUGAAGGAAGUGAUGGUAAUAUUCGCGACGGAAGAAGUUUAUGCAUUAGUUCAUGAGAAGGGGGGAAGCUCUGGUGGUUUGAUGGAGUAUGCUUCUUGCGUCGGUAAAUCUCGCAUGAUCGAAGUUGGGCGCCACCUUCUUAUGAUGGGUUGGUAA